AUGGAAGAGGAGGAGAGGACGAGGAUACUGGAGGAGAGGAGGAUAUUGGAGGAGAGGAGACGAAAGGGAGUAGAGGGAAAUGGCCUGGAAUCAAGCGACUACUUCGAGACAGGAACCGAAGGUGACCGUCCGUUGGAUCGGAUUCUCGUCUCAUUUUGUAUUUGGACCUUUCAGCUGAGCGGAUUCUAA